CCAACACCCGGGGCGUUGGCGGCCGUCGGCAUCGGAGCCGAAACCACCGGUUGGCACCAUGGCGAGCGAAGAUGUCGGUGACGCCCGGGCCAUCCUGGAGCUCAAUUUCCAGUCUCUGGCUUCCAAGCACAUGGACCUCAAGCAGGUGGAACUGGAUACCGCGGCCGCCAAGGUGGACGAGCUCUCCAAGCAGCUGGAGUCUCUCUGGACGGGCAGCGCUGGCCAGUCCAGCGUCUCACAGAAGGGGGACUGGCCCAGCACCAGUUCCUGGUCCUCCCAAGACCCCCCUGUCCGGACGGUCCCCAUCACCGUCUCCCCGCCCCACCAGUCGCCUUGGAAGAGCGCCUCCCUGGACUCAUCGGAGAGCUACUCUUCCUCCUACUCCUUCAACGAGAACUCGGCCGGUUUGUCCCCGGUGACUUCCUACGGCUCCCUCCCGGCCAAGUCGACGCUCGGCCGGCCCACCUCCCCGCGGCCUUCCAUCUUCCUCCAUCCUGAGCUGGACCGAGCCACAUCCCCCCGGCCGAAGGUGCUGCCGGUCCCGUACGAGUCGAUGCCCGGCGCCGUGGGCCACCCGUCCUCCCCUCGCUUCUACCGGUCGGCUGGAUCCUUGGAGCGCCAGUACGAUUACAAGCCCUACUCCGGGCCGACGGGCCGCGCCGGUUCUCCGCGGCUGCCGACGGACGGCUCGGGGCCGCCGAUGUUUUUCCCGGACCGAGCGCCUUCUCCGCGGCCACCUCUGCCGCCGCCGUAUGAGAACCACAGCAUGUACCCCUCGAUGCCAAACACCUUCCCGCCCUUCCGGGCUCAAGAUGAUUUGGUGCUUCGGAGGAGAGUGCAGAAGGCCUGGAACGAGUCUGACCUGGACGUGGCGUAUGAGAAGAAGCCAGCCCACCCGGUUGGCUACGAAAGAGGAGACCCUCACGGGGGGCUGCGUCAGAGUGCGCCGGGGCUGCCCCUGGCCCCUUGGAGGGAAUCCAGUUUGGACGGUGGGGGCGCCGGGCAAGGCAAGGAGGAGCAUUAUGGGAUGCACAGCGCCACUUUGCCCCGGAACUACAAGGUCUCCCCGCUGGCCAGCGAGCGCCGCUCCGAGGGCUCCUUCCGCCGCUCCCUCCCCGCCAACCCGGCGGGCACUCUGCCCCGCAACUGGCAGUUCGCCCAGCAGCCCAUCUCUCGCAUCCCCAUGCCGCCCCCCAGCCCCCAGGGGAGCCGCCCCAAGCGCCACAAGCCCCUGCCCCUCUCCAUGAUCUUCCGGCUGCAGAACGCCUUCUGGGAGUACGGGGCGUCGGGCACGAAGCUCCCCCUCGCGCAGGGGCCGCCGGGGUCCCCCCUCUUCCGUCCCCUCCCCAAGCAGGCGCCGCACCAGCCGCUCACGCCGACCCAGCAUCACAUGAGGAUGGCGCCGUCCGGGAGCGAAGGCAACAGCCGAGCCGUGCCCAUGGAGGUGCCAGCCGAGCCAGUCCGCGUGGUGCCCAUCACCCUGUUGACGGGCGAGACGGAGCCAGAACUGGAAAGCCUUCUGCCGGGUGGCGAGUCCCCAGAGGUGGACGAGGUCGCCCGGCCGCUGAGCCCCACCCGGCUGCAGCCGGUCCUCCCGCCGGAAGCCCAGAAGGUCCCGGAGUUCGAGGAGGUGGCCCGCGUCCUGGCAGAGAUGCCCAGGCCCCUGAAGCGCCGCGGCUCCAUGGAGCAGUGCCCCAGCCUGGCCCUGCCCCCCACCCACAAGAAGCAGUACCAGCAGAUUAUCAGCCGGCUCUUCCACCACCAUCCCCGCAAGGAGGAGGCCGUCCCGGUGGGGGAGGCGGCCCCCCCGGCAGAUCUCGUGCCCAUCAGCGAGGCCGCCGAGCAGAAGGCACCAGGGACGCCCUUGGCACCGGCCCCUGUGCCCCCACCCCAGAGCCCCGCGAUGCCCGUGCCUUCCUUUCUAGACACGCCUGAGAGUCCAGCGAUGGUCUCCGCUGUUCACAGCCCGGAGAAGCGCUCUGCCCUGCGCAAAGUCUCUUCGCCACGGAAGCGGCCGAAGCAGAGGGCCCGCCUCAACCCCCUGGUUCUCCUCCUGGAUGCAGCGCUGACCGGCGAGUUGGAGGUGGUGAAGGAAGCCGUGGCGGAGCUGAAUGACCCAAGCCAGCCGAACGACGAGGGCAUCACCGCCCUCCACAACGCCAUCUGCGGUGCCAACUACAACAUCGUGGACUUCCUCAUCAACAUCGGCGCCAACGUCAACUCCCCCGACAGCCACGGAUGGACCCCACUGCAUUGUGCCGCCUCCUGCAACGACACGGCCAUCUGCAUCGCUCUGGUCAAGCACGGCGCGGCCAUCUUCGCCACCACCUGCAGCGACGGCAGCAUUGCCAUCGAGAAGUGUGAUCCCUACCGGGAGGGCUACAGCGAGUGUUUCAGCUACCUGGCAGAUGUUGAGCAGAGCAUGGGGCUGAUGAACAACGGGGUGGUGUACGCCCUCUGGGACUACAGCGCCGAGUUCAGCGACGAGCUGUCGUUCCGUGAGGGAGAACCCGUCACCGUGCUACGACGGGACGCCCAGGAGGAGAUGGACUGGUGGUGGGCAUCCCUCUACGGACAGGAGGGCUACGUGCCCAAGAACUACUUCGGGCUCUUCCCCAGGGUGAGGCCCCAGAACAAGAAACUGUAAAGUGUUCGGGAUGGGCGCUCCACCGCCGUCAUCCUGGAAGGAACUCAAGAGACGCGUCUGGGCAGGAAACGGGGGCGCCAGGCGGCCGUGGCUGCCGCACCACCAGCUUAUCCAGGGGGGCUCUCGACAGACUUGGCAGCCCGGGGAGGGGGCCGCGAGUCUGCAGAGAGGGGCAACCCCCCCCCGACGCUUUCAGACUGCCCCCCACGGCCCAAUUCUGUGCCUCUGCUGUAAGAAAAAGAAGAGCCGAGUAACCGGGGAGGGGAAGCGGAAGCCAGGGUGGAUCCUGGACGACCUCUCCCAAAGCGUUCAGGCCCCCUUCCUUUCUUCCGCAUGAACGCAUCCUAUGCAGCGUGAUUAACGUUAUUCCCCCCACAGGGAGAGGAGAGGGUGGCGUUGGCAGGGAUGGAGGGACUGGCCCGUGGCGGGACCUCUCCCAACAGCCCACACGCCCUUCCUGCUCUGAGCCUCUGGUGCCUUCGUUCAGCCCCCCACCCCACCCCGUUCUCUCCAAUUAACUCCUGACUUGGUUCCUUCCCGGCCCCGUAGAUUUCUCCCCAGCUCUCCUGAUGGGGGCACGCAGAAGUCAGACCUGACUGGGUUCCUGGGGGGGGGGGGGG